AUGAGCACGUCGCCACCCAAGAGAAGACGCAAUGUCAGGAAGAAAGUGUCUAGAGCGUGCAACCAUUGCCGGAAGGCCCACGUGACGUGCGACGACGGGCGUCCGUGUGCACGGUGUAUAAGCAAGGGCACGGCCGAAACGUGCAUGGAUGCCCCGCGAAAAACGAAAAAGUAUCUUACUGGCGAGACGUCCGGGUCGGAGCUGCCACCCACGAUGCCGGAGAAGCGCAGACCGUUUAUGUCGUCGGCGGCAGACAUGGAGUACGCGACAUUGGGCAACAUAAUUAAUCAGGAUUUUGUGAGCCCGGACAACCAGCAGUCCAGCCAAUUCUUCAGCCCUGCCGUCAGCAAUUCCGCCUCCGAGGACACCAACGACAGCGUCAACUUCCAGAACCCCAUGUACCAGAAUCGCCACAUGUUUGUGCCCGACACCAACCAGAUAAACAUGUACAAAAUGCAGAACAUAACACCUCAGUGCGACCCGAUGACCAACCAGUAUUUUAUAGGGGCCCACAUGACGUUUCCGCAGGUGGUGAAGCAGAUUUCGCAGUCACGGCAACUUAACCCCAUGCAAUUCAACGAGCGCAACCAGCAGUCGGCCAUCUCUUUCUCUGUCGCGGUGCCUCAGCCAGAGGAGCACCAGCUCGCCAACACCCCCUGUGGACUGCAGUUCAAGGAACCUUCCGAGAUCUAUUCCAAAAUAACGGCCCCUUUCAACUACGUUCAGCCCUACCACGACCUCAACCUAUAUCUACGAAAACGAUUCGAUAAAAAACACCUGGUGUCCAUGUCCAAGUCCAUGUCGGAGUACAGACCCUCUUUCAUCGCCGGGAUGAUCCAUUUGAAGGGAGACGACCUUAUCUUCGCCGAGCAGUGCUUCCAGCGGACGCUGCUCGAGUACGACGCGUACAUAUCGAUCUCAGGAACUCCGACACUCGUUUGGCGGCGUACGUCGCAGAUCGCGUACGUUGGAGACGAGUUCUGCGUGCUGACCGGAUGGAGCAAAGAGCAGCUACUGGGGAAGUCGACUUUUGCCGUCGAGAUCAUGGACGACAAAUCGUGUGUCGAGUAUUUCCAGCUCUUUUCCAAGAUCGCGUUUGGCGACUUUCGCGGCGCCACGAUGACAGAAUGCACACUGCUCACGCCCGAGGGUGAAAGCAUUCGCACGUCCAGCAUAUGGACGCUUAAACGGGAUGUUUUCGGGAUCCCGAUGAUGAUAAUCGCCAGCUUCCUGCCCAUACUGACGUGA